AUGGCCUCUUUCCCAAAGCUGAUUCAAAACUUCCAGGAAGAGCUCAUUUGCUCCAUCUGCACGGACUACUUCAAAGACCCAAUGUCCAUUGAGUGUGGUCACAGUUUCUGCCAUAGUUGCCUCUUCAGGAGCUGGCAAGAAGCCUCUACCCCUUUCUCCUGCCCAGAGUGCAGGAGUGUCUCCCAGGCAAGGAAUUUCAGAGCCAAUGCGCGUCUUGGGAAACUGGCAGCCAUUGCCAAAACACUGAGACCUCAUUGUUUGCAGAACCCUGGAGGCCAUAGCAAGUGUGAGACACAUCAGAAAGUGCAUAAACUGUUCUGUGAGGAUGACCAGAGCCCAAUCUGUGUGUCCUGUUCUGAGUCCAAGGAGCAUAAGGCUCACACACUCCGUUGCAUAGAUGAGGCUGCUGAGGACUACAGGGAGAAACUCCAGGAAAGUAUAGCAGAUUUGCAGAGAAAAACUAAGGAUGUUGAGCAACAGAUGGCUAAUGAGGAGUUGAAAUUGACACUAUUGGAGCAGGAGAUAAAGACUCAAGAGGAAUCUAUUUCUUCUGAAUUCCAGAAAGUACAAAGGUUCCUGGAUGAGGAGAAAAAUGAGUAUCUAUCAAUUGUGCAGAGGCAAGGAAAGGCCCAUUUGAAAGGCCUGAAGAAGAGAAUAAGGGGAUUGUCCCUUCAAAAUCAAAAAUUAAGGAAGAGGAUCAGGGAGUCCAUGGAAGUGUGCAGGAAACCAGAUGUGGAUUUGCUUCAAUCUCUUCAGGACAUGAAAGCAAUGUUGAAGAGGAAUGAUUCUGUGAUCCGCAAAGAAGUAGAAAUGUUUCACAUAAACACAAUUGUUUGUUCCAUCCCUGGAAUUCUAGAAAUGCUUUUAAAAUUUAAAGUGGACAUCACUCUGGAUUGUGACACAGCCCAUCCAGGUCUCAUCAUCUCUGAAGAUUUGAAGAGCGUGAGAUAUGGAGGUGCCCAGGCAGAAGUACCCAACAACACUCGGAGAUUCAGUGAUUUUGCCCAAGUUCUUGGUACUCAGUCCUUCAUUUCAAGCAGAUAUUACUGGGCAGUAGAGGUACCAGACAACACUGGAUGGUGUGUUGGCAUCUCGAAUGGACCACCUACACCUGAAGUCUUCUUUGUGCUUAUGGCUAUACAGAGUCACAGUGGCUGCCACCUUUAUGCCAUAGGCAAGCAUGACCUUUCUUCUGUACCUCAUGUGAAAUGCUGCCAGAACUGUGUGUCCAACCUAAUGGUGGGCAUUUUCCUUGACUAUGAACAUGGAGAGGUGUCAUUUUAUAAUGUUAGAGAAAGAUCUCUCAUUUUUGCUUUCCCAAUGACUUCCUUCUCACGACCCUUACAGCCUAUCUUCUGUCUUUCUAAGAAAGUCCUGCCAAAUGAUUGUUCUCUCAUGAUCUGUCCCUAA